CGCUUAAAGCCCGCGGGGAGGCACCGGGGCACGGCGGCGGCAACGGCGGCGGAGAGCGGCCCGAGCCGGCACAGCAUGUCCCAAUGGAGUCAAGUUCAACAACUGGAAAUAAAGUUUUUGGAGCAGGUGGACCAGUUCUAUGACGAUAACUUCCCCAUGGAAAUCCGGCACCUGUUAGCACAAUGGAUAGAAAGCCAGGACUGGGAGGCUGCAGCCAACAAUGAAGCAAUGGCAAUGAUCCUUUUGCAGAAUUUGAUAAUACAGGUGGACGAACAGCUGGACCGGGUUUCGCAGGAGAAGAAUCUGCUCUUGAUCCACAACCUGAAGAGAGUCAGGAAGCUGCUGCAGGGCAAAUAUCAUGGUAAUCCCAUGCAUAUAGCAGUGAUCAUCUCAAACUGCUUAAGAGAAGAAAGAAGAAUAUUGGCUGCAGCCAGCAUGCCUGUACAGGGGCCACUGGAAAAGUCUCUACAGAGCUCUGUGGUUUCAGAACGUCAGAGAAAUGUAGAACACAAAGUGUCAGCGAUCAAGAACAGCGCUCAGAUGACUGACCAAGAUGUGAAAUACUUGGAAGACUUGCAAGAGGAAUUUGACUUCAGGUACAAAACAAUACAGAGCUUAGAGCAGAAUGACAAAAACAGCGCCCUCAUUAAACAGGAAAUGUUGGCGUUGCAGGCAAUGCUCAAUACUUUAGACUACAAGAGAAAGGAGGUGCUCAGUAAGAUCGGGCGUGUGAUCCAUGAGAUCGAUGUGCUGAUGAGCAACAUGCUGACCGAGGAGCUGCUGGACUGGAAGAGGCGGCAGCAGAUCGCCUGCAUCGGGGGGCCCCUCCACGGGGGGCUCGACCAGCUCCAGAACUGCUUUACACUGUUGGCAGAGAGUCUCUUUCAAGUCAGAAGGCAACUAGAAAAGCUGGAUGAACUCCUGACCAGGCUGACUUAUGAUGGGGACCCUAUUCCUGUGCAAAGACCUCAGCUGCUGGAAAAAGUCAACUUUCUGCUCUACAACCUUUUCCGCAACUCCUUUGUGGUUGAAAGGCAGCCCUGCAUGCCAACACACCCCCAGAGGCCAAUGGUUCUCAAAACUUUAAUACAGUUCACUGUUAAGUUAAGGUUGCUAAUUAAAUUGCCAGAGCUGAACUACCAGAUCAGAGUGAAAGCAACUAUUGACAAGAAUGUUUCAACUGUAAGUAACCGUAGAUUUGUUCUGUGUGGAACACAUGUGAAAGCCAUGAACAUGGAUGAGUCUGCAAAUGGGAGCUUGUCAGUAGAAUUUCGACAUUUGCAACCCAAAGAAAUGAAAACAAGUGCUGGAAGCAAAGGAAAUGAGGGGCCUCACAUGGUGACAGAGGAACUGCACUCCAUCAGCUUUGAGACACAGGUCUGCCUGUAUGGAUUGACCAUAAAUUUGGAAACCAGCUCUUUGCCUGUGGUGAUGAUUUCCAACGUCAGCCAACUGCCCAACGCAUGGGCCUCCAUUAUUUGGUACAACCUGUCAACCAAUGACCCUCAGAAUUUGUCUUUCUUCAACAACCCCCCUGCUGCCACUUUGAGCCAGCUCUUAGAAGUCCUGAGCUGGCAAUUCUCAUCAUAUGUUGGUCGUGGACUCAAUUCUGAACAGCUCAACAUGCUGGCAGAGAAACUUACAGGACAGCAAGUCAGUUACAAUGAUUAUCAACUAUCCUGGGCAAAGUUCUGCAAGGAACAUUUGCCUGGGAAGUCUUUUACCUUUUGGGUUUGGCUCGAAGCAAUCUUGGACUUGAUUAAAAAACACAUUCUUCCCCUUUGGAUUGAUGGGUACAUAAUGGGAUUUGUAAGCAAAGAAAAGGAACGAAUUCUGCUGAAAGACAAGACACCAGGAACAUUCUUAUUAAGGUUUAGUGAGAGCAAUCUGGGUGGAAUUACCUUUACUUGGGUGGAUCAGCUAGAAAAUGGAGAUGUAACAUUUCAUUCGGUGGAGCCCUACAACAAAGGUCGCUUAUCUGCCCUGCCGUUUGCCGAUAUACUGCGCGACUACAAAGUUAUCAUGGCAGACAACGUUCCUGAAAACCCCCUCAAGUACCUGUACCCAGAUAUCCCCAAAGAUAAAGCCUUUGGCAAACACUACAGCUGUCAGCCAAACGAAGUCUCAAAGCCCUCAGAUGGAGGAGGGAAAGGUUAUGUUCCUUCUGUAUUUAUCCCAGUCUCCAAAAUCUUAAAUGACUCUACAGAACCACAUUCUCCAUCAGAUCUUCUUCCAAUGUCUCCAAGCGUUUAUGCUGUGCUGAGAGAACACCUGAGUCCCACAGCCAUUGAAAGUGCUCUGAGUUCUCCUUACUCAACUGACUGAAGUGCACAUAUUGGAAAAAUCAGUAAUUGUGUGAACAUUGGAUGGGUUAAAGAAGACAUAAAUUUUUUUUCUGUCACCUCGAAAGUCAGCUUUUCUGGAAACCAUUACAUUAUUCUUAGGCCUCUUUCAACAACACAUAAACAAGGAAUUUUCUCCCUAGGGAUUCAAACAGCCUUUUGCAAGUCAGAUAUGCUGUUGUCACUGAAAAAAGACCAAAUCCUUUCUAGCUUGGGCAUCAUUUGACUUCAGUGGGGUCCCAGCAGACAUAAAUUUUACUUGCUAAUUUAACUAAUUUCCAUAGAAUUGCUGUAAAUAUGAGAGCAUAAGAACAAAAUGUUUUGCUUUUGAAGACAGCAUAUAAAGAUAACUAAAGACAAUGUGUUUGGAGCAAUUAGGAUUUAUGAUGUUAAAUACUUCCUGCUUAUUCAUAAUCUUACACACCACUGAUUCAAAUACUAUUUCAAAGCAAAGCUUCUUGUUCCCCUGACUUGGAAUAUUGCAGAGGUAUCUGGGGAUUGCUUUUCUCCAAAGAUGAAUUGCCAUCAGCAUAGAUUUUUAUCUGACACCACAGCAGAAGUUGUGGAAGACAGGUAGGUGAGGCUGGGGAGAGAAGGGAGUUCCAGAAAGGAAGCAGACAUAAAACUUGCGGUGUUAAAAAGGCUGUCUCCAUUUCUCCACUGGAAGAGAGAGUUAGUAAAACUUCCCCUCUCACAAAAUAGUUGCAGAAGUAAAUCUGUUUGGGCAAGAGGCACUCAGAUACCCCAGCAAGUACUGUCAGAAAGUCUACAAAUAAAAAACCCCAAUCUGACACAGUUUGGAUGUUAACUAAUGGCAACAGGGAAGCAGUUUUAAAAAACAUUUACUGAAGGGCUGCAGCAUUUGCUGACCACCUGGAAACUUGUGCUGCGUGACAGGAUAUUACAUGUCACAGGCUCACUUGACAAGCAGGACAACUAGUUUUUGUAAAAACAGUAAAUUGCCCUCUUUUUUUUUUUUCUUUCAGAUGUGUUUACUGCUGAGUUUGGGUUGUUUGGUUUUGUUGUUUUGGUUUUAUUUCCCCCAGUAUUAUCCCUAAAACCUCGGUUAAUAGAAUAAUAAACAGGCAACGCCAAGACCACUGUAUUUCACAAAUGCAGGCUCAAUCAAAAUGCAAGCUUUGCCCACACAUGGUUAAUGCAUGCAAAGCUCUUAAAACACAAACCCUUGAACAUUUGCACCUUACAGCUUUCUCAAGCAGGUAUAAAUGAGACUUCUGUGAUGAAAACAGAACCUCCUUGGAUCAGUAAGACAUAGAUUUUACUUUCAUUUCUCCUUUCACCCAUGCUAUUUAGGUUAGUUGAAAGUGAGUGAGCGGAAACAAAGUAUGAGAUAUUUUUGUGAUACAUGGAAGUGAAUUUCAAAGAAACAGGCACAUCUCUAUCCAUUACACGGAGUGAUUCAAAGCAAGCUGCAUGUAAGUUCAGCAAGCAUCAUGUAGAAAAUAAAAAAGAAGAGCAAUUCUGUAUAUAGCUUGGUAAUAUCUGUAAUUUAUAUAACCAGCAUGAAUAAAAUCUGAUUUUGGCUUCAGGCUGCAUACCCUGACUCUGUGGAUUUUUUCCAAGGCACAACAAAAACAGUCUUGCUGCCUUCUGGUUGACCUUAAACUGAGCUACAGACAGUAACACAAAUCUAAAGCAGGAAACAUGACCUGCCUGACAUCAGCUGUUGCAUGCCUUUUGAUUCUAACUUCUUCUCACAAUUUUAAUACAAACAAAAUGGGGGAUACUUUUAUUUUUGACCACCUCAACUUCAUGAGAAAUACUGUAAGACAAGAUCAGACAUGGCAUGAGAACCAGUCUCCUUUUUCUUUCUUUCCUGCUCUCCGUGCAAGGCAACCCUUCAAGACUCCCAAAUAUUAACCUCAGUAUAAAUGGAGUAUGUGAACAGCACCAUGGAUCAGGGUUUGGCAUGACAGUUCGUGCUAUUGCUUCAGAACAGAUUUCUGCAUAGGGUAGCCUUAAUAUUUUGUUGAAAAGAUCUGCCUUGAAAUCAUUUCACUGCUUUAGAGGAAGACUGGAAUAAUUUAUCUGUAGGAUGAAUACAUACAGUCCAAAUUUCCUUCCAUUAAAAAAGUGAGAAUUUUGUCGUCAUGCCACGAUGAAUAAGAACACAGCUCUCCAGUGAAAACCACAAAAACAGGGUGCUGAGAUGCAACCAGGAAAAAAAAUCUGCUUUUAAGGAGUUCUACUAACUGCGCUUGUGUUUUUGCUGGGUUUUGCAAUGACAAUGUAAAAAAAUGUGACGGUUUUGUGCUUUGUCUUGGUGUGACAC